AUGUUCAGCGUCGGUCUUCUAGCAAGUCUGUUUUGUUUAGUCGUCAUUCAUGCACGAAGCACUAGUGCACAAUGCUGGUCCAAGAAUGCUUGCAUUGCUACUAGUGUAUGUUCUGCUAAAGGUGGAACUUCUAAAGCAGGUCUCUGCCCUGGUCCUACUCAAAUCCAGUGCUGCUCUUGUUCAACAUGCAUGGAUGUCAAGACCUGUUCAGCAAAAGGUGGAAAAUCGCAACCAGGUAUUUGUCCUGGUCCUUCUAAUGUUCAAUGUUGUAAGUUAGGAUCCGGUAAACCCAAACCAGUCAACACAAUGCUUACGAACUUGGCUGCCAUUCUUCGUCGUGCUGGUCUCCGUGUACUCGAACAACCAGGCUGGAAGACACGUGGUCAUGGUAAAAUGGCUUCAGUGAAAAGUAUUCUAAUUCAUCAUACUGCUGGUCCGUCGAAAGGUGAAUAUCCUUCACUUGGUGUUGUCAGAGAUGGUCGUAAGGAUCUUCCUGGUCCUCUUGCACAACUCGGUUUAGGUCGUUCAGGAACUUGGUACGUCAUUGCAGCUGGUCGUUGUUAUCACGCUGGCAAAACGAUUAAUGAUUCGAUUUUCGGAAAUUCGAAUUCAAUUGGUAUUGAAGCUGAAGGAACUGGUACUCCAUCGGAUAAUACUGGACAUCGAUACUGGCCACCAGUUCAAUGGAAUAGCUAUGUACGUGGUGUUAAAGCUCUUCAAGCAGCUUAUGGUGUGCCUACUGCACGUGUUUUGGGACACAAGGAAGCAGCAGUGCCUAAAGGUCGCAAGGUUGACCCCAACUUCUCUAUGACUGAGUUUCGUGCUGCGCUCCGCUAA